UCAAAUAAGAGAACAUACUCUUUUUAAAGAAUAUAAUAAUAAGAAUAAACGAAACGCAUUUUUGGAUAAAAGAUUUGGAGAGAAGGACACUAACUUAAGUCUUGAGGAAAAGAUGCUUCAGCGUUUUGCAGCUGAAAGGCGGUCUCUGUCGAGAAAAAAAAGCAUAUUUAAUUUGAAUGAUGACGAAUUUCAAUUAACGCAUUGCGGACAACUAAUUUCUGGAUUGGAUUUUUCUGUAGAAUCAGGUUUUCAGUUGGAGGAUGAAGAAGAUUUAGACGAAAAUUACGUUAAGGCUGCACAUUUUGAAGGAUUUGAUUCUGAAAAUAAAGCUCCCAAAUCGCGUCGUGAAGUGAUGAACGAAAUUAUAAUUAAAAGCAAACGAGCAAAAUAUGAAAGACAGCUAGAACGGCAGGAAGUUGACGAUCAACUUUCCGCUUUGGAUAAAAGAUUUGAGAUGAUCAAAAAUGAAUUGGUGAAGUCGCCGGCGGAACCACUAAUUUCCGUGAAUUCGGAUUCUUACGAUUCUCUUGUGGCUUUUUUAAAAGUGGACCGCCAGAAGAAGGCUAAAGCAGCUGAUCGCGCUAAAAGUGAAGAAGAAAUUGCUCGAGAAGAGGCGGACUUACUUGAAAAACUUGAAAAAGAGAGAACUAAUAGAAUGAAAGCAGAAGUAAAUUCUCAUCAAUCUGCAGAAGCGUUAAGCGGAACUUCCGAUGAAGAGACCAGUAAGAAGCCUAGAAAACUGCUGGCGUAUGUGAACGGGAGAAUGUGUGUUGACGGGCAUCUUAUUGAAGAAACGGAAAAAAAAGAUAUCGAGGCCCUUAAAGAAGAGUCGCAUGCGUCUCUUCACUGCACACGUGACUUGUCUUUGCCAUACACCUUUGACGUUCCGGCUGACCUUUCCACUUGGUUGACUUCUGUCCAAUGCUAUGCGGAGUCGGAAAUUCUUACAGUGGUCACUCGGACCAUCGCAUGCCAUCACCAAUCGUUGCAUCCGAAUAACACUGAUAAACUGAAAACAUUUUUUAAAGUUCUUUUUGGGUACUUUGGCCACCUGGUCAAGGCGGGCAGGUUUACGCUAGUGGACAGCCUGACACCUGUAAUUUGCGAGCUUUCGCAUAAAGCGGGAGACAUGCCCGUGCAGGUGGCGCAGGCUCUUUUGAAGCGUGUUAAUGAUUACUUAAAUAAGCGAUUGUCUGCAAAAAAAAGAUCGUCUUCCACGUGUUUAUCCGCCACACAUUUGAUAUACCUACGCGUAGUUUCCCUGAUGUUCCCUACUUCGGACUUCCGUCAUUGCGUGACUACACCAGCUUUACUUCUGAUUGGUCGGAUGCUCACUUGGGCGCCAUAUGCGAGUCCGUCCGACAUCGUGAAGGGGCUUUUCCUAUCCGAUUUGCAGUACCAGUACGUCGCCACCGCUAAGAGAUAUUGUCCGGAAGCCUUAAAUUUUUUGUCCGCCGUUCUCCACCGCUUUAACAGAGCCAACUCGGACUCUCCCGCUCUAAGCAUAAUGAACUUCUUUUCACAGACCUCACCGCUAAUAGGCGAUCUCCGCUGGUUUCGAUUAGAGGAGCCAACCACUUUCUCUGGGCUCCAAGUGCGCGGCGCUCUUCCCCUUUCUUAUCUCUGCGCACUACCACAUGCUACCGACGACUUUAAGUUAACGGUGUUAUUUUCUGUUGUGUUUCUGGCGCGGCGCUUUUGCUUGCUAUAUUCUUAUAUCAAGUCUUUUGAUUCGCUCGUCUCUCCGCUUUUUUGCCAAUUAACCCUCACGACACUGUUACCUUUGCCCAGUAGCUUAAAGGAACUGAUCGACGAUACGCUUAAUAUUAUUGAUGAGCACGUAAGUAAGCUACUCAGUUCUCGAGCUCACAUGGCCCUUCAGCGGCACAAAGCAGUCCCCAUAAAAACAUACGCGCCCAAAAUUGAUAUGGCUUAUCAGUUAACCGAAAGUAACAAGCAAAAGAAAAAUAACAGGAAGUUAUUGCAGCAGUUUAAAAGAGAAAAGAAGGGUGCUAUGCGUGAGUUACGGAGAGAUUCCGCUUUUAUUAGCAAGCAAAAGUGGUUUGAAACAAAAGAACAAGACGCUGAGCGUAAUAAAAAAGUGAAAACUUUAAUGGGCCAAUUAGCGGAGCAGCAAGCAGAAAAGAAUAAAAUUGAAAGAGAGAAAAAGAAAUUAAAAAGCAAAAUUUAA